CGUUAAAAUAUAUACAUACAUGUAAGAUGAGACGCAGCUCUUUAAAUAUCAAACAGGACAUUUGCUUGUGAAAACUUGAAGUCAAACAUAAUUUUUAGCAUUAGUUAACGAUAGGUGGCCAUUGAGUAAUAUCCGACCAUACAUCAUUUAUGAAGAUAUAUAUUUUUGUUAAACACAGUAACCAUAGUGAUUUAUACAUGUAAAUAAAACACUUUUGAAUCAACAAUGAUAUAGGCAAACGAAUACGUUCACUUGGUGGGAUAUUUCUACGUACAACUAGCGAGGACUGACGUGCUCUGGAUUUUGCCUUGGACCCUUUGGUAAAAUAUGAAGCUGUCACAGAUAAUGUUGGACAUGAUGUCGGUGCUUUUCAUAGUAACUGGUUUUUAUUGUUUUGAAGAAAAGCUGUUAUUUUCGACUUCUUCGGGGAAAAUAAAAGAAUUGAACAUAAUAAAAGGGGAAGUGAAAGUACUUGGUAAUGCAGAAAGUGAAGUAUUUGUACUUGCAUACGAUAAUGAAGACAAAUAUGUGUAUGUUCCAAGACAGACCCAGGAGCAAAUAAUAAGAUUCCCUUAUCCAAGCAAUCAGACCACUGAGUUUGAAAUUGUUGUCUCGGAAAUUAUUCCAGGCGGGAUCGCAUUUGACUCCGAACAUAGAUAUCUAUACUGGACUGAACCUAUGGAAAGAAAGAUAAUGAGAAGUAAUACAAAUGGAUCAAAUAUAACCAGAAUUUUCAAUGACACAGUCGAACCUGCUGCACUUACCAUUGACAAAGAGAAUAGAUGGAUGUAUUUUGGUCAAGGCAUUCCCAACGGAACAAUACACAAAUUGUCACUGGACGAUGAGGGACACCAUAUCAUAAAUGACCUGGCAUCGUGGGUGUUCGGUAUAUAUGCAGAUGAUACCCGACUUUACUGGAUGGACAAUUUCAUGGGAGAUUUGAAAUCGGCUUUGUUUGAUGGUACUGAUAUUCAAACGAUAGUUAGCACUAAUACAUUCAAGCUUAACGGGGAAGUCGAUGUCAAGGAUGACUUCAUUUUCUACACAAGCAGUACACAAAUUUUAAAAAUAAACAAAAAUGGUGGAGAAGUUCCUAUUGCUUUGCACACAGAUACAGAAAGGGUUCAUGGACUUUUGUUGUUUAAGCAAGAAGGUAAACGAUAUAAAUAAUUUUAAUAUAAAAAUGAAUUUUGUCAUACAAUUACAUAAAAUCAAAAUAUGAUUAUGGUACCAA